AUGGGUAUCAUCUUCAGCGCAAUAUCGCAGGCGUUUCCGCCCAAGCCCAGCUUCACCGAGAAGGACAUUGGGAAUCUGAGUGGCAAGGUCUACAUCGUCACUGGUGCCAACACAGGUCUCGGCAAAGAGAUCGCUCAGAUCCUCUACUCCAAGGAUGCCAAGGUCUACUGCGCAGCUCGUUCGAGGGAGAAGGCCCAGGGCGCAAUAAAUGCAAUCAAGGCAGCCUGGCCCAACUCUCGCGGGCAGCUCAUCUUCCUGCCCCUCGACCUGGCCGACCUGAGCACUAUCAAGGCCUCCGCCGAGGAUUUCCUCUCCAAGGAAGACAGACUGCACGUCCUCUUCAACAACGCCGGCGUCAUGAAGCCGCCCAAUGGCUCCAAGACGGCCCAGGGUUACGAGCUGCAGCUGGGCGUCAACAACCUAGGCACGUUCCUCUUCACGAAGCUCCUGACCCCGACUCUCGCCCGCACCGCCAGGGCCGAGGACCCGUCCUCGGUGCGUGUCGUUUGGGUGAGCUCGUCGGCCGCCGAGUCGAUCCAGGUGCCCAGUGGAGGCGUCGACUUGUCCAACCUGGACUACCACGUCGACAAGAGCCCCUUCGACAAGUACUGUGUGUCCAAGGCUGGUAACUACCUCCAGGGCGUGGAGUUCGCCCGGCGUCACAAGGAGGACGGCAUCGUCAGUAUCCCGCUCAACCCUGGCAACCUCAACUCGGAUCUAUGGCGUUCGUUCGGUAGCGGGGCGCAGGGUUUCUUGAGGAGCUUCGUGCUGCACCCACCCAUCCUUGGAGCUUACACACAGCUCUUUGCUGCAUUUUCACCCCAGGUGUCUAUCGAGAGAUCUGGUGAAUGGGUGGUCCCGUGGGGUAGAUUCAUGAAGAUCCGACAGCACCUGCUGGAUGGAAGCAAGCCGGUUUCUGAAGGAGGUAACGGCACAGCGGAGAAGUUUUGGGAGUGGAGCGAGGAGCAGGUCAAGCCUUUCUUGUAG